UAACAUUAUUUCUUAGCUGUACUGAAGAACAGAUGGGUGGAUGUGGUAUUGGCUUCCCUGAUUUGAUCUCAUUCAUAACCUUAUUUUCAACCAGUCUGUAUUCUCCCAUUGUUCCUGCUCUGCAAUAUGUAACUCUUGGAGUCGAAAAGUAUGGAAUCGAAAAUGUGACACUCAUUGUUGCAUGCUACAAAGAAAAUGAUACUAAUGUGACGUGUAAAGAUAUUGGAGAUGCCAUUUCCAGUGACAUGUCAUCAUUAACUGUGUAUAUAAAUACUGUAAAAGCUGUCUGUGCUCCAAUCUUUGUGGUUUUGCUUGGUGGAUAUUCUGAUGCAGUGGGCAAAAAGUUUGCUAUCAAUACAGUUCUCUUUGUAAAUAUAGUGUGGUGCAUUGUAAUCCUCUUCAACACAAUAUUUCUUACUGGCUAUCCAUCCUGGAUGUAUGUGCUUGCAAAUGGGUUCAUCCUAGGAGUGAAUGGAGGCUCUACAUUUACUGUCAACAACUUCUUGACUGGUUACCUGUCAAUUACAACACCACCAUCCAAACAAACUGGCAGGUUCAGCCUGCUCUUGGGUUGUGGCCUUCUUGGCUUUGUGCUAGGCCCAGUUACAAGUGGCCUGAUUCUGAGGGUCACAACAAAAUACUGGAUUCUCGGAGCGCUGUCUACGUCAUUGAUGUUCAUUGCUAUGAUAAUUGGAAUUUUCUGUUUGAAACCUAUCGAAAAUAAACCAGAAUUUCAGCUAAUGUUCAGCUGACAGGAUUUUUCGAUACUUUUGUGAAGGCCUUGAAGUUCCAGUAUCAUAAUACCAUUGAUCUAUUCAAGUAUCAGUCUUUCCUUGGAAAGUUUCUUGGUGCUAACUUCAUGUACAUGCUAGGUUCUGUUGGAUUGAUUUCCCCCAUUGUCGUCCUGUCCCAGGUGUACUUACUUGCAGAUCCUUUUAAAUGGACAACGAGCUCUAGAGGUUAUUUUAGUGCAGGUCUGGGUUUGGUCUUGCCCUUCAGAGUGUAAUAACAGUGAGAAUUUUGAAAAUGUUCCACUUCUCCAGACCUGCCAUUGUUAGAGUGGGAGUAUUUAUGGGUUUUGUUGGAACAUUCUUCUUAGCAUUUGCUACAAAUAGCCCUAUCCUACUGAUAGGAGUGGGAUUGAGCUCAUUCAUUGUAAUAACAACCCCAACGAUUCAAUCAAUUAUACUGUCUCUCGUUGAGCCUGAGCAAGUUGGUACUGCUGUCGGUUUCAUGGCAGCCAUGCAAGGCUUUGCUGAAAGUGCUUUAGUUAAUAUCAUCCUGUUGGUUUACAACAAAACUAAACACAUCAUGAAUGGCUUCUGCUUUUUCACUUUAUCCUUUCUUCUUGGUAUUAACCUAGUGAUCGCAAUGUUCUAUACGCAUCCUCAGACUACAAGGGAAGACAGGAACCCUCUGACAACUGAUGAUGAUACCCCUGGCUCCCCUAUUGUCCCCAGUUCUGAUGUUCUCAAAGGGGGUGUACCUAAAGCUUCGACAACUCCUGAUGGAUGUGGACAAAGUGAACGUACUAGUCCUGAUAAUAUAUAUGCUGCAGAUCCUCUACCUGCAUCUGAAGCUUAAAGAUAAAGGCAGCUUUUUGUGAGUCCAUGAGCCAGAUUGCGGACAAUUUAACCCAUCUUAAUUCUGAUUCUUCUGUAAGUUUUAAAUGGAAUUAUUUCUUUUUACCAGUUUUAUCAGUUAUACUGUUUUUAAUGUGAUUAUACUAACGGAAUUGAAUAAUUAAAAAAAGGUUAACAUUUUUUCAUUGUUUUGAACAGCUAAAUUAAUCAUUGCAUUUAUGUUUUUAACUAAAAUUGGUCUUGUUUUAGUUUGUUAUUCGUACGUUUUUAAUUACAGAUACUAAAAGAUUAAUUUUGUUUUUGCUAAAGAUUAAUAUUUGUAUGGUUUUUAUUUUAAAGUUUGUAAUUUUUAUCGAUAUUUGAUUGGUUGUAACUGUUGAUUAUCUUUAUUUUCAAAAUCGGAGCAGUAUUUUCUUUGGCAGUGUGUAAAAUUGGUAUAGGUUAAUAAAUUUGUUGAAGCACCUUACUACUAGAUCUCAAUUAGGAACCGACCGGAUUUUUUUUUCAGAAAAACUUUGAAAACGUUUUGACUUUAAAAAUGUUCGGUCCGAGUCAUUCUCGAUACGUACCUCCCGUAUCGAGAAUAUUCGAAAAUCAUUUCUGAUAAUAACUUUCUACUCUUGUUACUUCUUGUUAAUACUCUGGUUACAACGUACUGCUCAGUGCUCAUGCUUGUUGAUUUUAUAUUUGACCUAUGUCUACUGCUAGGAAAUUAUGGAUUAUAGAUUUCUGAUUUUUAUAAACAGAUUGGUACUUCUAGCUAUCAGAUCAUGGUUGUUUUAAAUUUUUAAAUCGAUAUAUUAUUGUUGAAUCGUUAGAUACUUAUUUUAUUCGUGUGAAAUAAUAAAAUAUCAGCAUUUUUAUUUCUCUAGAUGAUUGUGUCCGUCGUGUAUCCGUGCAAAUGUUAAUAAAUCAUUGAAAACUUGGGCUAUCCCAGCAAUCCAAUUAUAGUCUAGAUCGAUGGAACCAUUUUGGGGGUUCCAAUAUGGUUGAUCAUGGAACUUGAUUUUAUGACGUUUCCUUAAAGAGGAGAGUAAGAUCUUUAUCUUGAUCCUAACACACGCAAGAGUUCAGCUCAUAUAAUAUUAAUGUGUAAUUCUAACACACACAAGAAUGAAGAAUUUUAACGAAAAUCCCUACUCCUCCCACAUUUCUGAUAGGGUUGCACUGAAACUUGGCAGGUACAAAUUAAACAUUAUUUAGAGAAGAAUUUUCUGGCCAAAAUAUUAAAGGCCUUUAAAAUGAAAAAAUGUAAAAUCAACUGUGACAGAAGUCAUAGAAAGGAGGCUAUGGUUCAUUACUAAGAGUGUGUGAUCGUAUUAUAUGUGCGACCAGCCUGCCACUUAUUGCAGUUGUUGGGGCCAAGCUGAUUGUCAGACUGAUUAUGUAGACAAUUGGAUGUAUUGGUUACCCCUGAUUGUUGUCAUCAGUCACCUCUACAUGUAACUGCAUUUUGGUUGAUUUGUAAUACAAAUUUCGUUC